AUGACGGUCCGCCCGGGAUCCGUGGUGGACGCGGACUGGGCCGGCACGGAGGAAGGCAGAGCUUACAUGGGCGCGCUGCUGCGCCGGAGGCAGCGCCGGAGCUUCGGGCUGCUGGAGAGGCCGGUGCUGGCUCCGCACGCCGCUGCCGACGUAGCCGGCUACAAGGUCUUCGUCUCCGGCAAGAGCGGCGUGGGCAAAAGCGCGCUGGUGGCCAAGCUGGCCGGGCUGCAGGCGCCCCUGGGGCAUCACGAGACCACAGGGAUCCAGACCAGCCUGGUCUACUGGCCAGCCAAGCUGCGGGACAGCGGCAGGGUGCUCUUCUUCAAGUUCUCCUUCUGGGACUGUGGCGAGGCCUUGCUGAGAAAGUUUGACCACAUUUUACCCGCCUGCAGAGAGAAAGCGGACGCCAUACUCUUCUUGUUCUCCUUCACGGAUCGGGCCUCCUUUCUCGACCUCCCUCAGCAAAUCUCUCGCGUGACAGACGGGUCCAGGGAUGUGGUCCGGAUGGUCGUGGGCACCAAGUUCGACCAGUUUGCCCACACGGAUGUGACGGAAUCGGACAUGGCGGCUUUCUCCCGCACCUGGGGUUUGCCGAUCUUACGGACAAAGAGUGUCGGCGAGCGGCACUCGGACGGAUACGCCGGCCUGGUCGAGGUGGCCCAUCUCUUGAACAGCCUCGCAGAGCAUCUCUGGAGGCAGGACCAGGUGGCUGCCGGCCUGGUCCCCCGAGGGGCGAGCCCUGCCGUCCCGGAAGCGCUGGCUCCAUGA